AUGAACAACGAUUAUCAUUUUCAACAUCAUCCACGUACGGUCAUACCCGUGACGGUAAAUCCAAGCGAUGAUCAACGUUUUAUACGUUUUCGUUCGUCGGAUGGACCAUCAAAUGAUACACAUGACCGAAUGAGUACACGUAUGCGUGAUUUUGAAGAUGAAUGUCGCCGAUGGCGAGAAAAAUUCUUUAAUGAAUCACGAACUGAAUCAUCAGGUGGUUCGUUUCCAUCGUCAUCAACAUCAUUAGUUCAUUCAAAACCACGAAUGCGUGUUGAUUUUCCUGAUUUUCCGGAAUUUGGUGGAGCUGAUUGGCCAAUAUUUCGUGGAUCGGCAUCUGGUAUAGGUACAACACCAAAUACAUCAGGUCAACGUGCAUUUAUUGAAGAAGAUAAUGAUGGACGAAAAAAAUAUAAAAUACAAUUUGAUAUUGGUGAAUUUCGUCCAGAAGAAUUAAAUGUAAAAGUUGAUGGUCGUAUGUUAAUAGUUAAAGGUGAUCGUCAAGUAAAAGUUGGUAAUGCAACUGAAUCAAAACAAUUUAAUCGUGAAUUAACUUUACCAGAAUUUGUUGAUGCUAAAACAUUACAAUCAUAUUUAUCUGAUGAAGGACAACUUACAAUGGAAGCACCUAUUCUUAUGGAUCGUGUUUAUAAUGAUUCGGGUUCAUCAGCUCUAACAUCAACAUCAUCAGCAGCAGCAGGUACUUUUCGUCAAUCAAGUCCAGGUCGUAUUGUUGAUACAACAUUUCUUACUGGACGUCAACCAUCAACUCUUGGUAUUGGUAUCGGUAAUAAUCAAUCAAAUGCAUAUUCAUCAUCAUCAUCCUUUCGACAAGAAAGUAAUAGUAGUAAUACAGGAUUAAAUAAUUUUCAUCAUAGUAGUCCAUUACGUGAUCAAUAUUCAUCAACAAAUUCAAGUUCAACUCUUCUUAAUAGUGGCAGUGGUAUUCCACCUCCAGUAACAUUUUCAACAAUCACAUCACGACCAGAAUUUUCUAAUAAUGAUCGUAAUGAUGGAACAAAAAAUGUUACAUAUAAAUUUAAUUUAAGUGAAUUUGCACCUGAAGAUAUUGCUAUACAAGUUAAUGAUACAAUGUUAAAAAUUAGUGCUUUAAGACAAGAACGUGAUGGACGUGGAACAAGUCAUCGAGAAUUUAAACGAGAAAUUGGUUUACCUGAUGGUGCUGACGCUAAAAAAUUAACAAAUACAUUAAGUGCUGAUGGUAUUUUAACAAUUCAAAUUCCUGUACGUGAUUAUCGUCCACCAUUAACACCCACAACACCUCAAUCUCAACAAUUUAAUUUAUCAACAAAUAUAGGUUCUAAUGAUACAUAUACAGUAGGUGAUCAACAACUUAAACUUACAUUUGAUUUAAGUGGUUAUAAACCUGAUGAUGUUAAUGUUAAAGUUAAUGAUAAUGUUUUAAAAGUUCAAGCUGUUCAUAUUGAUAAUACACGUGGUAAUCAAAUAAAUCGUGAAUAUAUGCGUGAAUAUGUUUUACCAGAAUGGGUUGAUGUUGAUAAUUUACGCGCUAAAAUGAGUGAAGAUUCAACACUUACUGUUGAAGUACCUAUACCACAUGACCGUGUACCUGCCUUUAAUCGUCAAAUUAAAAUCACGCAAUAG